AAACUGCAGGAAAGUGACCUGUGCCGAGGAGUACGCGGUUAGGAAGUGUGUGCAUGCCUCUAAACCCUGAGUGGUUCUCAGUUCUGUAUCCCUCGCCUCCCACUGGGUGGAGUAGGUCUUUUAAGAGCAGCUGGAAUGCAGUUUCCCUCAUCGGUGUAGCCAGUUGUUGCCUGUCUGAACCUCUGCCAGUCCCAGAGAGCGGUGCUCUGAGCUCAAACCAGAGGGCCACGCUCUGCACCCCUGUCCACCGUCUUUCUCGCCGGAGCCAGAAGAACGUUCCCACCUGUCCAGCUAUGGGGGAGGACGCUGCGCAAGCCGAAAAGUUCCAGCACCCGGGUCCUGACAUGCGGCAGGAGAAGCCGGGCAGCUCCAGCCCGGUGCCCUCCUCCACGCCGAGCCCCAGCCUGAACCCGGGGAGCACGGAGGAGGCCAUCCGGGACAACUCACAGGUGAACGCCGUCACAGUACUCACGCUCCUGGACAAGCUGGUGAACAUGCUGGACGCCGUGCAGGAGAACCAGCACAAGAUGGAGCAGCGGCAGAUAAGCCUGGAGGGCUCCGUGAAGGGCAUCCAGAAUGACCUCACCAAGCUCUCCAAGUACCAGGCCUCCACCAGCAACACGGUGAGCAAGCUGCUGGAGAAGUCCCGCAAGGUCAGCGCCCACACGCGCGCCGUCAGGGAGCGCUUGGAGAGGCAGUGCGCGCAAGUGAAGCGGCUAGAGAACAACCACGCCCAGCUCCUCAGGCGCAACCAUUUCAAGGUGCUCAUCUUCCAGGAAGAAAAUGAGAUCCCUGCCAGUGUGUUUGUGAAAGAGCCAGCUUCCAGCCUAGCGGAAGGGAAGGAAGAGGAGCAUGCUGACGAGAACAAGUCCCUGGAGGAAACUCUGCACACAGUGGACCUCUCGUCCGAUGAUGAACUGCCCCAUGACGAGGAGGCCCUGGAAGACAGUGCAGAGGAAAAGAUGGAAGAAAGCCGGGCAGAGAAAAUAAAAAGAUCCAGUCUCCGGAAAGUGGAUAGCCUCAAGAAAGCAUUUUCUCGCCAGAACAUCGAGAAAAAGAUGAACAAGCUGGGGACAAAGAUCGUAUCUGCAGAGAGGAGAGAGAAGAUUAAGAAAUCUCUCACUUCCAAUCACCAGAAAACAUCCUCAGGGAAAAGCUCCCCCUUCAAGGUCUCUCCCCUCACUUUCGGUCGAAAGAAAGUCCGAGAGGGAGAAAGCCCUGCAGAAAAUGAGACCAAGUCAGAAGACAUGCCUAGCAGUGAGGUGCCGAAUGACCACGAGGAGAGCUCAUUUGCGGAGCGUCUUUCGGAAGCAUCCCUCACCAGUGUACUGGUGGAAGGGAAGAGCAUGGAGGGGGAUGCUGGGAGGGCGGCCUCAAGAGGGAGUGACUCGGCCAUGGACAGCAACACUGACUUGACUAUUGUGGAAGAUGAAGAAGAAGAGUCGGUGGCCUUGGAACAGGCACAGCAGGUGUGCUAUGAUGGAGGCUACGUGCUAACCUCCCACGAGGCAGAGCGCUCAGAUAAGGAGCCGGUGCAGCCAGCUGUGCUCCAGGUGGACCAGACCGCCUAAAGGCACAGCGCUCUGUGCCCAGCCUGUGCUUUCAGUUAAGUGGGUAACCAGAGCCUAGAAACAAACUCCUGUACAUCUCCAGCACUCCCCACUCACACCGUGUUACUGUCCAGGUAGUCAUCAUUUACUACACGGUAGGCGCACACACGUGCCCAAGAUUUACUAUGAAGGCAACCUGUCAGGGUCUACACUUCUAAUUUACUCUUAGGUUCCAUUUCUGUAGUUCUCCAAGACUGCCCAGAAGAAGAAAUGCAGCAGUCAAAAAUCACUGAUCAAUUUGGCUAAGCCAGAAACAUCAGAGGCUACGUAAGAUACUAAUCAUGAAAUCUGAUUCAUUUUUUGUCAUUCCAUAAGCUUGCUGAAUAAGCGUACCACUAAUAUAUUGAAUUUCCAUAGAAUUCUGUGAAUCUUUAUUCUUUAAGUGUGUGAUAUAUAAUAUACAUAUGUAUUUAAGCUAAAGAGAUAACUACUUUACAUUUCAAGAAGAAAAUACUUUUCUUAAAAGGUAGAAGAGAAAGUUGGCUAUUGACUUAGUAGAAAACAUUGUUUAUUGAAAAUAAAGGAGAAAUUGAAAGACUAUAAUGUUCAGCUAAUGAAGUAAGAUAUGUAGAAAAGUUGGAACUAUUAGAAAAAGAAAACUAAGGAGAAGUUGGAAAAUAAAAGAAACAGGAAACAAAGAAUGGCAAAGAGAAUGAAGACAAAGAGAAAAAAGCAUGUGUUCAAAAGUAAAAUAUUUACGAUAUUAGUUCAAGUAUUUACUCAUAUAACAAAGCUGAAGAAAUUCAUUUAUCCUAGAAUCAUAUGCUAUAUCUUCACAAUAUUUUUAUUUUCUAAUAUUUUCAAAUGAUCUCAAAAAACAUUUUACUGUGUUAAAGCUGCAUUUUUUUCCUUAAUGAAAGACAUUACAAAUAUUUCCCUAAGGAAGUUCAAAAAGAUGUCUCUUUAACAUUGGAAUGAACAUAAAUCUUCAAAAUUAAUUAAUACAUACUGCCUUUUGUAGGAAGUUGGAUCGUACUAUUCUUUAAUGUUUUCCAAAUUUGAAAUAAUCCUUACACUUCAAAGGAUGUAAUGUAUGUUUGUAACAUGUUAGAAUCAACAGGUUUGGGAAGGGAAAGAGUCAAGUUUUCCUUUUUUGUACAUAACAGUAAUUUCAUUCUAGGUCAUAUUUUAUUUAUAUAUUAAUUUCACAGAAUAUUAAUAUGUUUCUUAAAGCAUGCUAGUGUUUAUGUGUAUGUGUACAUUUACUCAGACAGGGUAAUUUUUACUACUGCCUAACAUUAUACUAAAAUAUUGCUUUAUUUUUAAUUACAGAAUGGUAAUGUUUUGAGAAAACUAUUACAGUUUAAAGACAGUUGUACCAGAGAGCAAAUUCCCUACCUUUAGUGUGUACCACUCAUUAGAACUAACCUUACAAAUACAGCUAAUCUAAAACAGUAUUAACAAACUAUGCUUUGCCUUACAAAAGGGAUAGGAUUAACAAAUGUAUUGAUGGCAUAACUGAUACAGCUGUGUCCUUAUUUUGCAAUAAUGUACCCCAAAUAUUAGAUUGUUGAACUAACAAUGGCUGUGUUAAAGAAGAAUAAAUAAACCAAAAACUAAAAAGUACAUAAUAAUGUCAGUUUCUCGGCAGAAAACUUUAAAAACAACAGAAAGAACUGAUUAUUAAACUCUCCUCCAAAUGUAGCCAUAAUGUUGAUUUUUUAUUCUUGAUUUCCCCUAUUAACUCUGCUUUCUUUUUUCCCCAAUCUCAUUUAGAAAUCCAAGUCUCAUUCUUCAAGUUUAACUUUCUUGACAUCACCUUACCAGCUCUGGAGAGCAUCUGAAUUUACUGUAGCAGCUUGACGAAUCUGAUAGUUCCAUCUACAUUUUUAUUAUUUUGUACCAGACCUUAAAAUACCUUAAAUAGCCCUGCAAACAUGAAUGUAUUGAACCGUAUGUUCAGUUUAUUCACACAGAUACACCUUUGUCUUCUGCAGUGCCAUCCAGUUGGUAGAAGACUAAAUUUCACUCAGGGCCCUGAACAUGCCUGUUUAACCUUUCCAAAGUUGCUGUUACUUUUUUGCAGCCAAGGAGUUGGGCCAUCCAGAGCUAAUGCAAGGUUUACAUUUCCUUUUCAAAAAUGCUUAUGUUAUUUGUUCCUAGAAACUAUCUAAAAAGGCAUCUUUUUAGAUUUGACUGACAGACAUUUAUUCUCUGUUCCUCAUUUGAAACAUUAAAAUCCUAACCAAUGGAACAGAGAAUUAAGCCAGCUAAUUGUUGGAAAACACAUACUGUAGGGAUUAGAGAGAGCAGCAGUUGUGGAAAUGAAAACUAGUUAUUCUGUUUAUUGUUGAAAUAUUUGCAUACUGGUGAGGCUACAAAGUCCCCAGUCUUCUUCAUACCCACCCAAUAACCCAUUCCUAACUUUAUGUGCCUGGCGCUCAAGAACUGGAUUAGUUUUCCCCCAAAGAUUAUACAUUAAUAAGCACUGAGAUCGUUAUCUUAGAAAUAUAAUUCAGGAACAAGAAGUGUCUAUUACACAGAAAUAGAGCAACGAUGUCAUUUUUCCAUGAGAUUUUAUUUUUAAAAUAUAUAGACAUAUAUAUUUCAACAGGAAUAUUUUCUUCUUUCUCCUUCCAUUUACGAAUCUAGUACGUGGUUGAAUUUCUUUUUAUAUGUGAAAAUAAAAGACCCACACUAAGGCCAGUUCUGCACAAAAUAAAUAUUUUUUUCUUACAUUUAUUGUAAGAUGAAAGCCCAAAAUGUUUCUGCUUUUAGCAAUGCUCAUGCAGAAGAACAAGGUUUCAACCUCCUGCGUUUCAGUUCACUAUCAGGAAACUAGAAGCUCCUUUGACAUAGCCAAGCCACUAGUGUAAGUAAAGGUUAUAAUGAAAGUCAUUUCCUACAUUAAGACACUAAUGCCCAAACCCAGUUAAUUCUUGCUCAAAAGUUUGUUUACUGCCCUACAGCCCAAGUCUAAGUGAUUUUAUGUUAGAGAUUAGGAGUAUGAGGAAUUGAGGUAAGGGUGGCAAUCAUUAUUAACAGUUCCAUAGCAACCACAAGUCUUUUCCUAAGACUGCAAGACUGUGACACUGCAAAACAAGUUUCAGAUGAAACUGGCACUGAACCUUUGUAUUCUGCUUGAUCUGGGUGUUGAAAUAGAGACUUCUGCAGCCAGGACCUCAUUCCUAAAGGGAACAGGCAGUAACUCACAUUAUUAAAGAUACAUUCUUCUUACUUUUGUUUUAACCAUUGCACUAUCCUGUAGUAUUUGAAACUCUAAAAUUAUCUUUAACUCUCCACACAAACUGCCCCAAUUACGAAGCUACACCUUUAGCAAGACAGCUUGAUAUUCGUACUCUUAAAGACUUUCCACUGUAAAACCAAUUCAGUAAAUAUUUAUUGAGCAGUACAACCAUCUGUCCUUCCCACCUGGAAAUUCAUAGCGCCCAAAGCAGGAAGACACAAGCAUGGGGGAGAGAGAACAACAUUUCUGAUAUCUUACUUUAUGCCAGGCUGGGCACGCCAAUGGUCAGGAGUACUGUAUACCUACCAAAUGCUAGACACAAACAUUAUCACGUUUAAUCAAAUGAAUCCUAUUAGAAAGGUACUGUUUUUAUACCUGAGAGUUUUGAUGAGGGGAGCGAGGGAACUCCUGAGUUCUUAACCACUCUAAGUUCUCACUCAUCAUGUUACAAUUUAACUAUUUUUCCCUUGAAGGUCACAGAGUUAAAAGACUUGUCCAAGUUCAUGUAACUAUUGAGUGCCAGAGUCAGUGCUCAACCCCACUCUGAAAUCCAUGCUACUGCCAAAACAGGACUCCUAAUUGUAUCACCCAACUGUGCUUCACGAUAAAUCACUUUAUAAGCUC